AACCCCGCGAGACACAUCCUACAAGUUCAUUUCUUAAUCCUUGCAAAAUCAAAAUUAGGGUUUAAGAAACAAAAAUUUCACAGUCACAUCGAGGUCGCAAAGCAGCCUCCAUAGUUCAAAAUGCCAAAAUCUAAGAGAAACAAACAAGUUACACUUUCAAAGACAACGAAAAAAGGAAGAGGUCACAAAGAAUUGAUAAUUAAUGGAAUAAGAGAUGCAGCUGAAAAAUACAGUUCAAUUUACGUUUUCAAUUUUCAGAAUAUGAGAAAUUCGAAAUUGAAAGAGUUCAGGGAACAAUUACAAUCAAGUAGCAAGUUUUUUCUUGGAUCUAACAAAGUGAUGCAAGUUGCUAUUGGUCGUUCUUCUUCUGAUGAAAUCAAACCCAAUCUUCAUAAGGUUUCAAAGCUAUUGCGUGGAGAUGCUGGAAUGAUUUUUACGAAUUUAUCUAAAGAAGAAGUUGAAAGGCUGUUUAAUGAAUUUGAGGGAUACGACUUCGCAAGAACAGGAAGCAUUGCCACUGAAAAGGUUGAACUCAAGGAGGGUCCUUUAGAGCAGUUCACACAUGAUAUGGAACCUUUUCUCCGGAAGCAAGGCAUGCCUGUUCGGUUAAAUAAAGGUGUUGUGGAGCUUGUUUCUGACUUUGUUGUUUGUGAGGAGGGAAAGCCUUUGUCACCUGAAGCAUCUCGUAUACUGCGUUUGAUGGGAAACAUGAUGGCUACGUUUCGACUGAACCUGGUUUGCAGAUGGGGUUCUGAGGAUGAUUUUGAACUCUACAUUGAUGGGCCUGGCGAUUCAGAUGUUGAAUGAUCGUAGUAAACAACUUAGAAUGUUAAAGAUUACAAGAUAUGGUGUGGAUGCAAUUUACUUUGGAGGCUACCUUGAUGUAGUGAUACAGUAAUAUGUAGUAUUGGAGUUUUUCAGAUGCAUUUUUAGUAGAGUUGAUGAAUGUAUUUUUAGCAGGGAUGUGGCGUGUAUGGUCCGUAACUUAAGAAUCAAAUUUUGUGAACUUAGAAAUAUUUUUGCUACCAAUAUUCAAUUUAUAUUAUCAAAUUGGAAGUUUUGUUGCGAACA